GAAAUGUUGUAAGAGUGUUCAGAUGAAUUAAGGUACGUGUUCCAUUCGCUUGUACUUGGAGAAAAGUGUGGUUCAAGAAUAAAGAGAGAAAAAAAACCGUAAAACUUUUGAUUUCAAUUUCAACUGAUUAAUUUGCAUCGAUUUCACUGUUUCGAUUGCAAUUAAACAAUCGAAAAGGUAAAGAGAAACAAAAUUCGAUUUCGUUUGAUUGGAGAAGAGAAAAAAAGCACGCACUUUUUGUAAACCAGUAUCGCACACUGUGAAAAUCGUCUUUUUCGCAACUUUAUCGACAGGGAAAUACCCAGACAGUUGAUAGACAGUGAACAAACAUCGAUUAAAAUACACCGUUGUGGAUUCUGGUGCAGUAAAUAAGGAAAAAUAAAACAAAAACAAUGGCAGAGGAUUUCGACAUCGAGGCAUUGCUAGAGGCACCGUACAAUAGAAUUGUUGAUAAACCAGCAACUGCAUCGAUCGAAAACAGCCGAGGGUACCAUCUUCAAUUCUUGAACCGAUGUUAAACUAAAACCUCCUUCCGACAGACAGUUGUGGAAAAUGUGAUCCGUAUACCAAAACAAAAUGCAUUUUUGUCUGGUACUUGAAUUUAAAUGAAAUCAGCUGUGGUGUCGAUGUCUCAACCAUCCAUGGUGUUAUGUGUACCAGUGUAUUCUCUCAAAAAAAAACCUCCACACACAAGACACAGACAAUGUCACAAAUGAACCACGAAGCACACACACAAUCACGAACGUGUUCGAAAACGCAGCUCGAUUUCGAAUUGAAUUUCUCUUUUUUCUAGGUGUGGAAUACAAAUCAUCAAAUGCCAAUUUCAUGAUCUAUUAUUGCAAUUCAUGCAAUCGAUAUGCACAAACUAAAAUGGUACCAAACAACUCUAAAUUGAAUCAAAAAUAGAAAAAAAAAAAACAUUUCCAAAACCAAGCAACCUUCAACUUAUUUUUGUUAGGGACUUUCGCAUUCAACGACCAACAAAAUCGUUUUUUGACUUUUGAACUGACCCAAAAUGUUUUACAUUUUAAUAAUGUCUAUUUGUUUGGGCCUGACUUAUCAAACAGCAAGGUAUUACUUAGCACGAAAACAAGAGAAAAAAAAAUGUGGUGACAUGCAAUACACAUCUCGUUUCUUCCCCUCAUUUAAAACAUCAUACUCGUUUCUCUGUUUUAUAUGAAAUAUCAUAUAGUUGCAUGAUGUAUAGAAAAUAAAUUUUCAGAACGAACUGAGUCACGAAGCAGUGAGAGUAGCGUUAGUAUAUCCAUUAGUUCAAAGGGCAGUAAAGUAAGUGAAAUUGGCAGUCGUAAGAGACGAUGGAGUUCAACUGAAUCGAUUGCUUCCACUUCCUCGUCGUCCUCAUCGUCAUCGUCUAGUUUGAGAUGUUCUGAACAAGCAAGUGAAUGCUCUUCGAGCGAACGACGCAUGUUUAGUCCGGCUUAUUAUAGACGUUCAAUUGAAAGAACCUAUUACAAACCAAACUAUUGCCCAUGGUCUCGUAACUCAUCAAGCGAACGAGAUAGUACCAUUGAAAAUACCACAGAAAAAAGAUCAUACAAACAAUCUGAGGAUGUCAACAACACUGAUAAAUCGUCGCCGAUCCAUGUUUCGAGCAACGGAAAGAAGCGGGAAAAUGGAAAACAUCGAUCCAGAAGCCGGUCUCGGUCAAAGGACAAGGAACGGGAUCGUGAAAGAAAACGUUCAGAUCGGGACAAAGAAAAAAAGUCGUCAAGAAGAAGUCGAUCACGUGAUAAAAAGCGUUCAAGAUCCAAAGAGCGUAAACGCAGUCGAUCACGCAGCAAAGAUAAGAAACGAAGCAAAUCACGCGAAAGAAAAGUUCGCUCCAAAUCAAAAGAGCUUGAAAAGUCUCCUGACAGAUCACGCGACAGACAUCGAUCGGAUAGAGAGCGUGUGGAAAGAGAGCGAGAAAGAGAGAGAUCUGAGAGAGAUCGUCCUGAGCGAGAACGCCCAGAGAGAGAACGUCCGGACCGAGAACGCUCAGAGAGAGAUCGUCCGGGUCGAGAGCGCCCAGAGAGAGAACGCCCAGAAAAAGAUCGACCAGAAAAAGAUCGACCAGAAAAAGAUCGACCAGAAAAAGAUCGCUCAGAUAGAGAUCGUCCAGAUAAAGAUCGCCCAGAAAAAGAUCGACCAGAAAAAGAUCGCUCAGAUAGAGACCGUUUGGAGCGAGACCGCGAAAGACCGGAAAAAGAUCGAAAAAGAGAUCGAUCACGGAGUAAAGAGCAUCGACGUCGUCGAUCAUCCCGAUCACCAGAUCGACGAUUCAGACGCGGUCGGACACCGCCAAAUUCAGCAAGUCGUGCUUAUUCUCGUUCUGAUGACGAGAUUGAUCUGGAAGAACGUGAUGCUCGUACAAUAUUCUGUAUGCAAUUAUCGCAACGAGUUCGGGCUCGUGAUUUAGAAGAGUUUUUCUCUAGCGUUGGCAAAGUACGUGAUGUUCGUCUAAUCACGUGCAAUAAAACAAAACGUUUCAAAGGAAUUGCAUAUAUCGAAUUCAAAAAUUCCGAAUCGGUGGCAUUGGCACUUGGUUUGAAUGGUCAAAAAUUGCUUGGUAUUCCGAUUAGUGUGCAACACACGCAAGCGGAAAAGAAUCGAAUUCAAAAUGCACCACCAGUCCCACAACCACAGAAGAAUCCAUCGGGACCAAUGCGACUGUAUGUCGGCUCAUUACAUUUUAACAUAACCGAAGAUAUGCUGCGUGGCAUUUUUGAGCCAUUCGGUAAAAUUGAUAGCAUUCAAUUGAUUAUGGAUUCGGAAACAGGUCGUUCAAAGGGAUACGGUUUCAUAACGUUCCACAAUGCAGAAGAUGCGAAAAAGGCGUUAGAACAGUUGAAUGGAUUUGAAUUGGCCGGUCGACCUAUGAAAGUUGGUAAUGUAACCGAACGAUUGGAUGUGAAUACAACCGCUUCGCUGGAUACGGACGAAAUGGAUCGUUCUGGCAUCGAUUUGGGCGUUACCGGUCGUUUGCAAUUGAUGUUUAAAUUGGCAGAAGGUGCUGGACUUGAUGUACCACAAGCUGCCGCAAAUGCUUUACUUGCCACUGCACCUCAACCUCAGAUUCAACCACAAAUUGCACCACCAAUUGCAACGCAAUGCUUUUUGCUAUCGAACAUGUUUGAUCCGAUAACCGAAACAAAUCCAUUGUGGGACAUUGAAAUACGCGACGAAGUAGUUGAGGAAUGCCAAAAACACGGUGGCAUUCUGCAUGUAUAUGUUGAUAAAGCAUCACAAGGAAAUGUGUAUGUCAAGUGUCCGAGCAUAGCAACAGCUGUACUAGCUGUGAACGCACUUCAUGGUCGAUGGUUUGCGGGACGUGUUAUUACAGCCGCUUAUGUACCACUAUUGAAUUAUCACGCACUAUUUCCAGAUGCAGCCACAGCCGCUAAUUUGCUUCAAACAUCGGCAAAGGAAUAAAUUUAAAAGAAACACACACACACACCCCCACACCCACACAUAUUCCAGAAUAUCGUUUAUUCUAGCGUUCGGAUUUUUUUUUCCUUUCUGUUAUGGAUCAUUUUUAAUCGAUGGCCACUUUGGUUGUUCUAUGUAGUUACUGUGCAUAGAUAUAAGCAUUUUACAUAAAUAAGUUUUAAUUAGUGAGGAACAUAUUACUCUGCUUCGGUAAAUUGGCAUAAAUUUUGACACAAUUGGAAUUUCGAAAUUUCAACGACACAAGGAUAAGAUACGAAAAUGAAAAAAAUAGGAAGCUUUUUAAAGCGAUAUCUAUAACUCAACUAUCAAAGUCAAAAUUUAUUCAAAAUCACAGAAUAGUACGUGAUUUACCAUCAAUGACUGAAUAAAUUCGAACGAUGUGCUAAUUGCAACUAUUAUUGAUAGAGUGGUGUUCAAUCACAGUAUAUACCAUCAAAAUAAUGGCACAACACAUGAAUGUCUGCGCUCAUUGAUGAUUUCAAUUGCACUCUAUUCAAAAUUCCAUCAAAUUUGCAUUGAUUCAUAAUAUUUUAUGAAUGAUUCAAAAACACACAAUAAUAAAUGGUAGGGUUAAGGAAAUGUUCAGUUCAACAAUAAUUUUAUUUUUCCUCUUAAUUUGUAAAAAAAAGCAAACAACAUAAACACCUUUGAAGUAAAA